AUUACUUCUGUCUGUCAACCGGAAGGGUGGUAUCUGGGCAGGUUCAGCAAACACACAGGCACUACGUUUGUUCAUGUUUAAAGUCAAAUCAUGUUUGGCCGCUGUUUGUGGAAAGUUUUCUGAAUAAGCCUGGGACUUUCUGACUGUCAUUCUCCCACACACUACACACACGGUGUUGGGCAAGGUUUGUGUCAGUUAGACUACCAAGUAAAAAGCUUACCUGUGGCGGCGCGCAUACUCUCUGCCUGGCCUGUUUCUGUUUGUGGAAGGAGGGAUCACUACAGUCAGCGUUCUUGAACUCUUCGAUACAAGGGAACGAAAUCAUUUUGUGGAGAAGACAUAUCGUUAAAAGCCACAGAACACGUUUUGUUUCCCCGCAGAUCAUUUCCUAAACAGGCCUGUUGCCAUCAUAAAUCAAAACGCCCAUUCACUCACCCCCUCUGAAGCCCCUUUCUCCUCCCUGCGUGGUGCUCUGCCCAAUGAUGAGUGUGCAGCCUCGGAGGAUCCGCCUGAAGCCCUGGCUGUUAGCCCAGGUGAACAGCGGGAGGUACCCCGGCUUGCAGUGGCUCAGCCCGGACCACCGGAUCUUCCAAAUCCCCUGGAGGCACGCCACAAGACACUUGCCCACCUCUGAGGAAGAGAACACCAUCUUCAAGGCCUGGGCUCUGGAGACAGGGAAGUACCAGGAGGGUCUGGAUGAGCCGGACCCUGCCAAGUGGAAGGCCAACCUGCGCUGUGCCCUCAACAAGAGCCGGGAGUUCAAACUGAAAUACGACGGCACCAAGGAGACACCCGUCCAGCCCUACAAGAUCUACGAGGUCUGUGACCAGCCCUGCAAUGGAGACACAGUUGAUGAAGAUGAGGAGGAGGAGAUGCCGAAUAUUGUUGACCUCUCCAUUGACCCCAGAAUUAGUGACCCACGCAGUUAUCAGGCAUUCCCUACCUCACAUGGGAUAGACGUUCCCUUCAGCUCCCCCCUCAAUGACAGAUAUGGCACCUCCCACCACACCCCUAUGUACCCCAGUUCCAACAUGCACUCCAAUCCCAACGGGGCCAAUACCAUGGCAGCGGAUCUCCCUCAGCCAACCAUGGCUCCCCCAGAGUUUUCUUCCCACGUUCCAUUGGUGGUGAAGUUGGAACAUGGGGUAUUUGUGCACCAUGGACCCGCAGAACCCUCCAACGGCCUGGGGAUGGGUGGAGGGAGCAUGCAGCCUCCUAUGGUCACUGAGAUGGCCACCAUGGUUCCUUCUGCUGCAUCUGCGGCUCCGGUUGCCCCUCACCCAGGUGCCGCCCCAAUGGAGGCCAUGUCCGGAGUCCAGAACCAGGAAGAAGGGCAGGCGGUGCCACCCUACAAAUAUGACCUGCUGAACAGCCUGCCAUUGACUGACCUAGACAUGAAAUUCCAGUAUCGGGGUCGCAAGAUGGGCUCCCUGACAGUGAGUAACCCCCAGGGCUGCCGGCUGUACUACGGCCACUUGGAGCCCACCCCGGAGCAGGUGGACCUGUUCGGCCCUGUCAACCUCAACCAAGUUCUCUUCCCUGGCUCGGCCGACAUCCAGAACGAGAAGCAGCGGUUCUACACAGAGCACCUGCUGGAUGUGAUGGACCGAGGCCUGAUCCUGGAGAUCUGGGAGCAGGAUAUAUACGCUAUCAGGUUGUGUCAGUGCAAGGUGUAUUGGUCUGGGCCGGGCGUUGACGAGCAGGGGCCUCCCAACCCUAUGGAGAGGGAGAGGAAGUACAAAGUGUUCAGCCUCAAUAACUUCCUGCACGGGCUCAUCUUGUUCCAGAAAGGUGAAACUCCCACCCCACCCCCGUUUGAGCUCUGCUUCUGCUUCGGGGAGGACUGGCCAGACCAACGGAAACCCAAGGAGAAGAAGCUCAUCAUUGUGCAGGUGGUCCCGGUGGUGGCGCGCAUCCUAACAGAGAUGUUUUCUGGAGAUCUGUCCUGGUCCACAGACAGCAUCCGACUGCAGAUCUCCAACCCAGACCUGAAGGACCAGACGGUGGAGCAGUUCAAGGAGCUCCAGAGGCUUCUCCAGAGUCAGCACGGCCUGGGUCCCUGGGCCACCAACGGACCCUGAGUCAGGGGCCUCUUGCUGGGUCUUCAACAGGGCCUGUCCUGGAUCAAGACCUCGACUGCUCAUGGACUAUUAAUAGCACACUGCACUUGGAUUAACAACCUUAUUCAACAUUUUGUGUGUGGGGAUAUUAGCUUUCUUUCAACCCUGAGCCUCCCUCAUUCUUUAGAAUCUUCGUCCAGCCAGAGCCUUGUAUCUAAUCUUAACUGGAUCUUGGGCAGAACUACUUGUACAUCGUCAAAACCCAAACUGCUCUUUUUUUGGUCCCUUAAAUUAUUUUUUGGAAUUUCAAUAAAUACCAUUGCAGUAUUUUUUCUAAUGGUGGCAGGUAUUACUCAAUUAUCACAAUUUCUUUCGCAGCCACCUUAAUCUACUGUACUAGAAUGUAACUGGCUUUCGAGAAUGGACACUGGUGCUAUUGUGCCAAAAAUGGGACUCAAGCCAUACAUGCAAUGUAAAAAGUAUUGGAAUGUUUUUUUUAAAUAAACUAAUAAACAUUAAUCAGCAAAGUGGUAAUUUAUUCCAUAAGACAAUUUUUUACUUUUUGCUGUGAAUGGGUGAAAGUAUCUACUGGUAUUGUCACUUCACCCUCAGAUUCUAGGGGGGGGGAAUUCCAGAACAGUGAAACAACUACCUCCAUGUUCACUUUACAGCUGGAAGGGAACCUGUUUGACGUGAACACAGACCAGGUUGUAUUGUGGACAUGAUCCAAAACAUGGACUUGGCAAUGAGGGUGAACCAGUCAGCAAAUUACCCUUGGAAGGGUGGUGAGUGACAUGGACUUCUACAUGCAGUCACUGGAAAUUGUGAAUGGGAUUGUUAACAUGUGUACGGUAUGGUCUCUGGAUAUGUUACAGCAACAUGCAUGUCGGCAUCUGUCUGGACAUUUAAGUAGAACACCUGACACAGCAGUGGCUCUGCAACAAAUUACACAUUGGCUAACUGGUUUCUGCCAGAGGAUGAGUGGGGUUGUGGGUCUGGGAUGAACAAAACUCUAAAACAUGAUACACAGACAAGGGCACGUUUGUUCCUCACUGUCGUUUUUAUUGUUGUUCACAACAUGACGGUGUCUGCCUAUCCAAGAAUGGACGAUGCCAGAGGUGAAAAAAAAAAAAAAAGAUACUAUUUGCCAGAGUCCCACUCGACCUGUCACAAC